AUGUGGGAUGCUAUCACGUUGGAAAGAGCGACAACCGGGAUGCGCAGGAUGGGAGGAUGGCGUCAAGAAUCCAGCGAGCAGGCGCCAACUGUCAAAGCCCGGCCACCCCUCUUGGACCCAGCUGCCAAGGUGAAGGCGUCACGUGAAGGUCGUUGCUUCAUAUGCAAUGUGCAUGGUCAUAUCUUCACAAAUUGUCCUUCCAAGCAGACACCCCUGGCACCACCAUCAACAUCCAGCCAACGACCGGUACUGAGGCCGGCAUUGGUGGCCGCUAUUCGGGAAUACCAAGAGACUGGCGAUUCAACGAGCUUUGUGGGCCUUAAACUCCCUCAGGUUCAUAGACGGAACUAG